AUGGGGAACCUGAAGUGUUUGAGGCUUAAUCUCAUUUUUGCAACUUUUUUUGUAGCUGCAAUGACAUAUACGUGUUGGGGUUCUCCAAAUAUAUCAGCGUCAGCGGGUUGCUCUAAGCAAGAACGGCUCUCCCUUCUUAAGUUCAAAAACACUAUUGCAGAUGAUUUUGGCAUGCUCUCAUCAUGGGUUGGCAACGAUUGUUGCCGCUGGAUAGGAGUUCACUGUGAUAAUACUUCGGGUAGUCAUGUUGUCGGCCUUAAUCUUAAAGGAAAUUAUGACCAUUUUGACAUUCCCCUAUUUCCCUCUGACCUCCCUCCCGUGAAACCACAUUUCCUUUCUAGUUUGAGGGUUCUUGAUCUUAGCAUCUCCAACAGCCUGCAGCUGCUGCUGAUGGCAGAUGAUAUGUCAUGGGUUUCGGGUCUUUCUUCACUCCAGCAUCUCAUCUUGACCCAGGUGGAUCUUAGUGGAGCUAGAAAUCGCGGCAUGGUUCUAUACAAGAUCCCUUCAUUAAUAGAAUUAAGGUUGGGAGACUGUGGAGUGACUAUUGCUGAUCUUGGUGCUCAUUACGAUUUAAGUAUUACUCUUCCCAACCUCCAACACCUGGAUCUUAGCCAGAUGACGGACUCCUUAAAUUACCCAAACAAAACAAACAUUCCAGAUCCAGAAUCUUUAGAAUCUCUAGGAAAACUGACCAAUCUACGAGUCUUACGUCUCACAUCAAACAGAUUGGCUGGUCCUAUCCCUGAAGCCCUGGGAAGACUGAGGUAUUUAGAAGUAUUUAAUCUAUCUUCAAACCAGUUACAUGGUCCCAUUCCAACAUUUCUCGGGCAGCUCAUGACCAUAUUUGAUCUGUCUAAUAAUCAAUUGAACGGUUCCAUUCCAGCAUCCUUGGGAAGAUUAACAGCUUUGACGGAUCUGCAUCUAGAAUCAAACCGGUUAACUGGCCCCAUUCCUGCCUCUCUAGGAAAUCUUUCUUCAUUAAAAGUAUUUUCACUGUCCUCAAAUCUGAUAAAUGGGAAUAUUCCACUUUCGAUUGGGAAAUUCACCAAACUAGUUUCUUUUGAUGUCUCUAACAAUUCUUUAGACGGAGCAGUUUCUGAAACCCAUCUUGUUAAUCUGUCCAUGUUGAAGUACUUGGAUAUAAGUUAUAAUAGUAUGUUGAUGUUUCAGGUUUCACGUGACUGGAUCCCUCCGUUCCAACUGAGAUCCAUUCGUCUCAGUUCUUGCAAGUUGGUAGAUCAAGAAUUCCCACAAUGGCUUCGAACUCAAAUGAACCUUGAAGAGUUGGUGAUGUCCAAUGCUAACAUUUCAGGGCCUCUGCCCAGAUGGUUACAGAAGAUGUCUAUUAUACGUAGCUUAGAUCUUUCUCACAACAAACUCACGUGGAGUUUGAGAAACCUUCCUCUUGCGGUGUAUCUUGAUAGGCAAGCGACUUUACUUUUACAAGAUAACCUUUUCAAUGGUAGUAUUCCAACUUUAAUCUGCAGUAGGCAAGAUUUGUCGGUUCUUAAUCUUUCUAGAAACAGGUUAACCGACAAACUUCCUAACUGUCUCGGAAAUUUGUCCUUGUCUGCAUUGCUGAUUAGUUCAAACGAGCUCUCUGGUAUUGUUCCAGACUCUAUAGGCACUAGUGGUGCACUAUGGAUCAAACCUGAUGAUAAUUACUUCACUGGUGAGCUUCCUAGAGACAUAUGGAAUAGUCACUUUUUACAGGUCUUAGAUGUGGGUGAAAAUGAAUUCUCUGGGGUUCUACCCGAUAUAACUGGAAAUGAAUUUUUGAAGGUUGUCAGGCUGCAUAAUAAUAACUUCACAGGGAGUAUUCCGGCAUCUUGGUGCAAUUCUAGCUACCUUCAUAUUUUGGAUGUUGCACGCAACAGCUUAACAGGUCCCAUCCCUCGCUGUUUUGGAGAGUUAAGUAGCAUGGUUGAUGCUAAAAUACUGGCUAGCGACGGCAUAGAUUCUGAAUUUGAUGCGAGUGUAAUCCAGGUCAUCAAAGGUUUUGAUCUUGAAUAUACAAAAACAUUGAAAUUUGUCACGAACAUGGACCUUUCAAGUAAUCAGCUUACUGGGGAGAUACCUCAAGAACUAACUUCACUUAUCUUGUUGAUUGGGCUUAACUUGUCACAUAAUCAUCUAAGUGGGAAUAUUCCGCAAAAAAUUGGAAACAUGAAGGCCUUAAACUCUCUUGAUUUCUCAGCAAAUGAGUUGUCUGGAAUGAUCCCUCCAAGCAUUUCAGAUUUAAAUUUUUUAAGCUAUUUGAAUCUGUCGCACAAUAAUUUGUCGGGACGAAUUCCAACAGGAAACCAGUUGCAGACGUUUACCGAUCAACCUUCAAUAUACACUGGUAACAGAGAUCUAUGUGGUGCCCCACUGCCAAGGAAUUGCUCUAAUCCCGAUGACCCACCCACCAUAAUAAGUCAGCCCAACUUCAAGCUAGCGGAGGAGCCUAAGAAGGUAUGGUUUUACUUGGACAUACUAAGUGGUUUUGCAACCGGAUUUUGGGGUAUUGUUGUUGUAUUGGUGUUCAAAAAGCGAUGGAGAAAGAAGCUUUUUAUGUUUUCCGAGAGAACCAUGGACAAGAUAUACAUUGCAGUUGUGGUGAGAGUUGCCAAGUUGAAGGGAGGAAAUGAAGCAAAAUAG